UGCCGAUCAUCACCCAAAGAUAGCACGAAGAGGCAGUGGCACGGGGCCAUUAUCCAGACCAUGCAUGGGCCAUUGCCUUCAUAUUCCACCAACCUAGUAUCAUGUCCACGACUGUUCCAAGGCGGAGCUUAGUUGCGCAGGUCUUGGCUAGGCGGGCGAUCAGCACUGCAAUCUUCUGUUCGGCAUAUUCGCCUAACACAUGUCUCCUCUCAGUUUUCAGCCUACGGCCAAGUGAAGCCGAUCAACCGAGAACGAGCGAGUUCAAAGUAUUCCUCAGGUCUCCGUGGAGGACUCAUCUAGGGUCCCCACAGGCCACCAUAUAAAUGAAACACGCAAAAUUCUCUGAGAGUGGACAGCGGGAUCAUUGCACA